GGUCCAAGCAGAUUCUCUGAACAUCAUUUGGUGGUGUUCUGGCAGAAAGCAGCUAGACAUUGAUUUUCAUCAUUGCUAUUACGCCGCGGAGUAUUCGUAUUCCGCACAGUUCGAGUUGAAUGCCCCCUUGCUGGCUGUGGUGAAGACCCUGAUUGACGAAUUGAACUUUGCUUGGCUUCGGACCAAUCUCCGACCAAGCGAGGUUGUAGAGGUCCAGCAACGACUGGUGCUCGGGAAACAGAAAGGUCAUGUCUGAACAGGGUCAAUCCGACUCAGAGACAACAUCGUUGAGAGUGCCGGCAUGCGACAGUUGCCGUUCUAGGAAGAUCCGUUGUGAUAGAAAGGUUCCUUGUUCCAGCUGCAAGACAUCUCAUGUCGUUUGUCGGACAACCAAGAAGCGCCCUGAAAAGCGGCAGCGUGUCCUCGUGUCUUCUCGAUUUGAACGCGAGAUCGAGCAUGUCAAUGACAGGCUAGCUAGUCUGGAGAGGAUCUUGCAAAGGUUUGUACAGGAACACCCUCAACAAGGGCAGAAUCCUUCGCCAUCAUCUUUGGCGGGCCCAUUGGGAACACCUCGCGACACUCAACAAGACGAAGGUCAGCAUUUCGAAGGAGACUCGUCUUUUACAGCCCAUUCCAAAUACAUCACUCAAGCCUUUGAGACUAGCCUCAGCAAUAGCCCAUACUCCAGCACCAUCCGAGAUGUUUCUUCUGCUGUUGCGACUUUGCGAGGCUUUUUCAACGACAAUAUCGAGGCCGUCAAAGACUCCUCCCCUGAGGACAAGCCACUUCAAGAGGCCGUGCUCUACCCUCAACUGUCUCAACUCAGCUUGCCGCCAAUGGACUUUGUACUGCGACUGCUGAGACAUGCCAAAACUUACGAGUAUAGCUUCUUUUACGAAUGCACCUUUCUGAAUCUGAAGGAGGUGACCACAUUAUGCCAAAGCCUUUACUUUCCGGCAGAAUCCUACACAAUAGCGACUUUCAUCACGGUCCAUGUUAUUUUGUACUAUUUGUGUCGAGACCUCGAUGAGACCGCUCUUGAGCAGCUACAUCUGAGUGCUGCAGAAGCGCGAGACAUAAUUGAUACCUGCAACCUCAAUGUCGAAACAGCUGCUCGAAGUCUCCGGAUACUGAUGGACCCAACAUAUGAUAACAUCCAAGCAUUAACUAUGGCGUCGUUACAAGCCACCGAGGUUUCACGAUCGUCCGCGGCGUGGAGUUUUGUAUCUGCAGCUUGUCGAAUGUGUCAAUCAGCUGGGUAUCACCGGCUUCGUCCUUACUCAGUCGACCCAAGCCGCGAAACCUCGCGCAAACGCGCCGUUUUUUGGUAUUUGUGGACGUGCGACCGUGCACUAUCUUUGAACUUUGGGCGGGCUUCUAGCCUUCACUCAUCUGACAUUACAGUUGAUAAGCCCCGCUGGCCAGAAGAGAUGCCCGGAGUUUGGGGGUUGUUCUACCUUCGUUGGAUCGACUUGGCCCAAGUCCAAGGCGACGUGUACGAUGAGUUGUAUUGUGCUCGAGCUCAGAUGCAACCCGUCCAAACGAGAGCCAAGGUGGCCAAAGAGCUAGCUGCACGGCUGAUACAAUCCCGGACGGAUUUUCUGAUUGACGCGACCGACGCCCCGAAUCCACAGUCAUUGCAGGACGGCAUCAGAUCAGUCGAUAUCAUCCUGUUAAGCACCCUCACUCUCGUAUAUCGAUGUGUACCUCCAGAGCCUUUACCCGGGAACAAACCGCCCCAUCCACUCAAACCAUCCCAAGAAGCGCUCGAUGCUGCACGCGAUGCACUGACCGCUAAUAACGCGGCAUUUGAGAUUCUCAAACAUCGGCCCGCCGACCAAUGGCGGUUAUUCAUUCACUAUACCCUCGUAUGGUGCCCAUUUGUUCCAUUCCUAGUGGUCUUCAGCAACGCCAUUGCCGAACGCAGCCGCGACGAUUUGGAAUUAUUGGAAAAGGUUGUCGCCACAUUACAAGGAGCCUCGAUUAGAAGUGUCGGCGUGGAUAAACUCCAAAAGGCAUGCAAGACAUUUACUGAGAUUGCUCGAAUAUAUCUCGAUAAGACCGAGACAGCCGUUCAACAGCGAUUCCAGCAGGAGCCGUUAGUCACAUCGACAACCUCGACGUCAUCGACGACGACGAAUAAUCCACAGCUCAACCAUACCACAGCACUAGUGAAUCCAGCCAUACAGUCUCUAUCGCAGCCGGAUAUGACCAUGUUCGAUACCCUACUUCCGGAUCUUCCAUUAUCUCAACAGGCUUUUGAUGGACUUUUUGAUGGGUGGGAUCUGGGGGUUGCGAAUGAUAAUGCGAGGGAGAUAUCGUCUUAUUUUGAGUAUCUCACGGGAGCUGGCAACAGUGGUGCAUUCCCUGGUGCUCAGCAGCAGGGGUUUUAUAAUUGAGAAGAACUUGUCGCAUGCCUGGGGCCGUCAAACGGAAUACUGGCACAUCCACGGUAGUGAUCUCCAGAGGUGGAUCAUUACGAUGCAAGGCAUAGAAUUUGUAGACAGAAGAGCAUAUAUUUACAUCAUGUCAAGAAAUCAGGGUGACUGCAAAGACUCC